UGACACACACAACCUUCCAUCAACAUAAAAGGGGCGUCAUCCUCCCCACCUGCACCUUCUUUCCCUUCUUUUGUCUCUCCACCACCAAAAUACACACAGUCGCUUCUGUAUUUCCAGCUUCCAGCCGACUUUCGUUCAGCCAAACAACCUACUACACCUAAUAACAACUCUACUACAACAACCCUAAUUCAAAAUGAAGUACUCCGCUGUCGCCCUUGCCGCCUUCGUGGCCAUUGCCUCCGCCCAGGACAUCUCUGUCAUCCCCUCGUGCGCCCUUCCCUGCGUUGACGACGCCGCCACCAAGGUCUGCACUUCCAAGACCGACUACAAGUGCCUCUGCGAGAACAAGGACUCUCUCGUCAGCACUGCCACCUCCUGCGUCAUUUCCAAGUGCGGUGCCACCGUCGCUUUGAACGACGUUCUCCCUGCCACCGAGAAGUUCUGCCAGGAGGUCCUCGCCGGCGGCUCUGACGCUGCUCCUUCCAGCUCUGCCGCCGCUGCCACUUCCGCCGCCGCUGCUACCACCAGCUCGGCUGCCGCUGCCACUUCCACUGUCGCUGCCACCACUGUUACCACCUCCGCCAUCGCUACCGCUACCGCUCCCACCUCUACCGUCUCUGCCGCCCCCUCUUCCUCCAGCAGCAGCAGCAACGGCACCGUCUCGAUGGCUCCCCCAGCCUCUUCCAGCCCCGUCAAUGCCGGCGCCGCUUCUGCCGGUUACAUUGGCAGCUUCGGUGUCGCUGCCCUUGCUGCUCUUGCUGCUUUCUAAAUUAUCAGAUUAUGAUGGGUGGUGAUUGCGUGGUGUGGUGGAAGUAAUCUCGAUGGUUGGGAACGAAAACAAAGUGAAGCCGGAUGAGAAUGAAGGUGGUGGUUGCUUGGAUGAUACCUCUUACGACGACAAAGAAAUGUUGUAUGAAAGUUUUUAAGUGUACAACUACAAAUGGAUUUCGUGCCGGAACUUUUUUAUCCGAAAUGUGACUGUCAAAUUCUGGUGCGGUGGCUAAGUGGAAAUAUGCCGAGGAGUUCAAAAAACUACUCGUUCGCCGAAAAGUAGGUAAACGAAAACAAAAGUUCAAAUUACCAAUGCG